UACGCUCAUAACCCACUAACAGAUAUUUGAGAAGAGAGGAAUGACACACUCACAAAGGAAGUACUAAUGUCAAUUUGAACCCGUCCCGCGGAUAUUACAUGACCUGAACUACGAUGUGGCGGGCAUUACUCGCCCAGUAGUAGCGUGGGGUGGGGCAUGGGUAUCUAUUUCCGACCCGUCCUUCCCCACCUUGCCCGUUCUUGGCCUAUUCUAUCUCAAUUUCUUACCAAUGCAGUUAAAAGCGCGAUUCUAGCUAGAAGUGGAAAAUGGGUAAAAUCGUAAAACGUAGAAUCAAAGCGUAAAAUCGUGAGUUUUUGACGCACCCUCUAAAAUAGCUAAAAUAUGUUAAGUACUACAUAUAGUAUGUAAGAUGUGAGUGUGUAGAUUUUAGAUAAGUGGAUAACUACAUGAAAUUCAUAAUUAAAAUGUAAUAUCUAACACAUAAACUAAUUUGCGUAGACUCAAAAGUGGAGAAAACUCAUAGCAUCUUAAUAAUAAGCUCAUAAACGUAGAUCGUAACCCGUAAACGAGCUUGAUAAUCCAAAUUCUCAUAAGCUGGUUUGAGUUUGCAUAAUUACAUACCAUCAAUUACCCAUAAACUUUCAGAGUAACCCAGGUAAGAGCCACAGGUGAAGAUUAAGGGAGAAGACUGAUAGAAGGUCAGCGACUGUUGAGAAUAUCAUUAGGUGUCUUUUCAACCUAAUGUGAAGCCCCUAUUUUGACACUAGUUGUAGAACGAGUGAUGAAUCAUGCUUUCCUUUCUUAAGUUUUUGCUCAUAUGUCUCCAAAAUUACAUCAUUUUGGGCCAAUUAGCACAUUUUUAUGAGAUGAUCAAAAUCAUAUAAAAACGCUUCAGAAUCGCGAUUUUACCCAUAUUUUUACCAGUUUUUGUGAUUAAGCGAAUUUAGGUAGAAAUUGAAACGUUUUGGUGGCCUGGAUACAUAAAAACGUAAGUUUUUACAUUUUAAUGCGCGAUUUUGACUGCACUGUUUCUUACAAUAUCUAUUCAUAUUUUUUCUACUUUGAUUUUUCUUCAACUAGUUAGACUCAUUCUUUCAACUAGUUCGACUCAAUUACCAAUUCUAUUAUCACUAUUUUUCAUUCAUAAAGUGUUUCCCCUUCGUUUUAUCGUAAAAAGUAAAUUUUGUGUAUUUUUUUCAAAUAACAGUGGAUCGACCCGCCCUAUUCUGUACCGUACGAGUAUUACCCGCCCCGACCCACCAUAACGUGAAACGAGACAUAGGUAUUGAUUAUUGAGGUACCCGCCUGUCCCAUUGCCAUCACUAAAGGAAAGCCUAGAAGAACCGCAAUGCAAACCCGAAGAGAGUAAGGAUUUGUGGUAGACGAUCAAUCCAUCAUCAUAGAUCCGAGAGAUCUGCCCAUUUCUGAACAUAUUUUGCCCACACAAAAAUGGGCUUAAAGUUAUAACAGAUAUAGGCCCAAGCAAGACCUUCUUCGUGGGUGGACAAGAUUUUGGGCCGUUGCAUUUAAACAAAACGAGUAGGUGUCCUGUCACUGUCAGUCUGCAAACGAUGAUAUAAAAUUCAAAUUCCAAUUUAGCCAAAACGACACCCCGGAAAUCUCAAUUCUGCGCGCUCUCCUUCCUUCAACCUCCAAUCCACUCCACUAGCUUCCCUUGGAAGUCUCGAGAGUUUCAAGUAAGAGAGUAACAGAAACUACCCAACUCCCUCUCUGUCUCACUCUCUUUAGUUUCUGGUCUCUCCUCCCUUACUGAAGUCUCAAUUGGAGUCGAGAUUUCUGAUACAGUCUAUUUCCCGGCGCCCUUCGGUGAAACAGAAUAAUGAGAAGAACAACCAGACGAUCGAUUGCCGUUGCUCCUCUUGCCGAAGAAGAUGUUCGAAACUCGGUUACAAGCUUCAGCACUAAAUUCUCCUUGCCCACGUUUGUCAAGAGAGUAGGGAAGCUUACAGAAGAUCAGAUAAGUUUGAUUAAAAAGACGGGUUUCGGUAACCUCUUGUUGUUGCCCAACCACAUUGUGAGCAAAACCUUGCUGGUUGAAUUGAUGGAUAGGUGGGAUCAGGAAAAGCUUGGUUUUCAAAUAGGUUCUGGGACAAUGUCGAUUACUCUAAUGGAUGUAGCCUUGAUACUGGGUUUACCUGUGGUUGGGGAUCCUGUUAUUCUGAAGGAUGAUGAGCCAUUUUCAGAAUUAGAAAUGGAGUUUGCUGCCAGUUCGAAGAGAAAGAUCAGUAUUUCGUCACUCGAGAGUCGUCUUGAUUCGCUAGACAAGACCUGCAAUGAAGAUUUUGUACGGACCUUUUUGCUGUAUACGAUGGGGAUAUUGCUUUUCCCUAACUCAAGCGGCAAUGUAGAUUCUAGGUAUUUAUCUUUCUUGCAAGAAUUGGAUGACGUGUGUGACAUAGCUUGGGGGGCUGCUGUUCUGGAAGAUAUGCUUGUAUGGUUGAAGAAAAGAAAAGAAACAGGCACUCAAUCUAUGGGAGGCUGCCUGAUAUUUCUCCAAGUAUGGUCUUAUGAGCACAUUGACAUAGCUCGGCCGAAUCUCUUAGAUACUGAUAUGACAUUUCCCAGAGUGUGUCGAUGGCAGAUUAGCAAAUCACAUCAAAAGCAGUGGUUUGCUAACAAGUUUACGGAACUUGAAGACCAUCAGGUAGUUUGGGAGCUAGAGCCAACUCCUGAAGAACAAACUCAGAUUAUAGUCAGGGAUUUGCUGCGAAUACAGAAUGGUGACUAUGAGCUGCUACCAGAGCAACAGAGUUAUGUGCCUAAUACGCCCGAGGCGGAAGUACUUAUAGAUUCUAGAGAAGAACUAGAAAUGGAGAGUCGUAAUAUGGAAGAGCUGCAAGCAUCCACGUCUAGUUCUGAGUCCGACGAUCAUCAGAAACAUCCUACCCUGAUGUUAGCAUCAGAUGAAUCUCACAUGAAAUCUCCUAAUGCAGAUAAGAAUGUGGCAGAAGCUAUUGAGAACCUUUCAAGCACAACUAUGGCGAGCAAGAGAGACGAACAACAAAGUGUUGAUAUGGGAAAUCAGGAGGAUACAGGUUCAAACUCGAAGUCAAUGCAGGAGGAAGUGUGGAGGAGAAGCAGCAGAAGUUUAAGAGAGGAGAACACCAAGCUGCAAGAGGAGAUUGCUGCUUUAAGAGAAACGGUUAUACCAGUUCUUCAAGAGGAGAAUGCAACGUUAAGAGAAAGAGUUACAGUGAUACCAGUUCUUGAAGAGGAGAUUGCACGGCUAAAGGAUCAAGUAGAAAGUUUGAUCCGAGAGGAUCAAAUGCAUCGCUUUCUGGCCGAGGAGUUUGACUAUCGGAUGUCAGCGAUUCUGUUGGAGGACGACGACGAGAAGGACACACCUCAAAUAUAGAUUGCCUGGACUUAAACUCGAAAGUGGAACACAUUCGCACAGUGAAUCAAACUUCACUCAGCCUAUUAAUUAGGUAUGUAAUGUAGUAGUUUAUGUGUUUGUAGUUGUACAGAAUGAUUUUUCACUCUCGCACUUGCGUAAAUUUAUUACUGUUGUUUUUACUCUUUUCCGAGUUGUUCACUGUAAAAUAUAUAGCCGCCCAUCCAGACAUGUGGGGAUGAAUAAUCAAUGUCUGGAAUGCGGGGAAAUUUCUUUUAUGACCUUGAGAACUACAAGUGUGGUCACCAUGCCUUGUUCAGUUUCAGUUUCGAUCCAUGGAGCAUGGUACAUCUUGUAAUGUUUGGCUGAGAUGGGCGUGGCAUGGGCUACAGUUCAGCCAGACAGCUAUUUGAUCUGGUUCCCAUUCCAUGCUCGGCAUUUGGGGUGAGCAACGAUUCAAUCCGUACGAUAGAAUAUAUUUUGAUUUGGUUUUGGUUUUGGUUUUACGAAUGAUUUUAAGUAUGGAGAAAAAAUAGAUCGAAAUUAAAUUGGGAUCGAAUCAAAUAAACCAAACGUACUUUUAGUCUGGUUUAAGUCAUCAUUUUUUUUUUUUAGUUUAUGGUUCAAUCCUAUUUCAAUUCGAUCGGUUAUGGAUCAUAUCGAUUUAUGCCCACUCCUAGUCGGCAUCGCAUUUACAAUUUUAGGACGGAGUGCACUGCAGAGAUGUGUGUGGGAGCGGGAGAUGUCCUCUCUGGCUAUUGUGGAUUAUUAGGUGAAGUCCGUAUGGGAGUAGGAUACCAUGUCAUUAAUAAUGCUGUAAGGCCCAUUGAAUGCCUUAUCGCAGGGAUGGCAUUGUUUUAAUUUUGUGAAUUGGCUGCUAUGAGAGUAGCUAGGAAUAUUUUGAAUGAGUACGUUUUUGCUAUAUGCUUUGAAGGUUUGGAUGAAAUCAUGAUUUUUUCUAAUUCAUAUACGUAGGUUUGUUUUUCAUUAUAAGGUGUCGUUUGAGGGAUUCGAAUAUGUGAUCUUUGAAUUUAAAGUUGAUAGUAGUACUACUAAACCAAAUUAUUGUUAGUUGAAAUCAUAGGGUUUGUGUAACUAUAUUUUCAAAAAUCAAAUAUUGAUCGAUAUGAUACAUAACUAAUUGUCGUUAAGAAAACUUGCUAACGGAU